AUGUUCGAUGAGGAGAAGACCCAGGAGGUUGUUCAUGGCCUCAAAACCACCCCUGAGGGGCUCGUGCUCGACCCGCAGCCAUCAGACGACCCUAAUGAUCCCUUGAACUGGAAGCCCUCGAGAAAGGCGCGUGUACUUUCGAUAUGGGCUAUUGCUUGCUUUUCGAGUCAAGCCACUGCUAUGACGAACAUGCAGGGAUCAUAUCUCCAAGCACCCCUGUAUCACAAGACGGCUACUCAGAUUUCUCUCUCCGUCUCAUGCGGGCUCAUUGGGAUAAUGGUCUCCUCUAUCCUAGUCGUCCCUCUUAGCCGUAGGUACGGCUCCUGCUUCUGUCUUUUCUGGUCAACCAUAGGCAUCCUUUUCAGCUCUGUAUGGUCUGCCAUGAUGACUAGUCCAUCGGAUUACAUUCCGUUCGUGAUCUCUCGUCUCUUCGCCGGUCUCUGCGCAGGGGUACCUUUAGUCCUUGGCUCCGAGUUCGUCUUGCGGACUUACUUUCGGCAUCAGCGAGGUAAAUGUCUGCAUAUACUUCAUAUCCCCUUCCUCUUGGGGGUUGCAAUUGGCCCAACAUUAGGUGCAUAUGUUGAUGCGAGAGCUUCGUGGCCUAUCUCUUUCUGGUAUACUGUACCCAUGAAUGGGGUGUUGGCUCUGUUGAUCCUUGUCUUUAUUGAAGAGACAGCAUUUGCGGGGGGAGAACAAGUGCGGCAAUCCUUUACACAAGAAAAAUGGAACAUGUAUAUCCGUGGAAGAGCGGUUCCACCACAGCUUAGAGCAAGCUGGAAGAACAUGGCAUCCAUUCUUCUGGAUAUCUUCCUAGUGUCUUUUUCUCCUGUGUCAAUAAUCGUAGGUUUCUUCAUGAUGGUAGACUUUGGCUUUGCUUCAAUGGCCAUUGUCCUCGGUGUCACCUUCGUUGAAGCCCCUCGAGACGAAGGUGGAUACGCAAUGUCAAAGAUUUCGAUGGCUUCAUUCACGCUCACCCAAGCAAUCGGCACCGCACUCGCGGAAUUAUACGGCCACUUCAUCAGCGACAGACUUCCUUUAUACCUGUUCCACCGAAAGUCCAAGUCGCAGGAUAUUGAACCUACAGAAUGGCGCCCGGAAUACCGGCUUCACUGUCUCUGGGUCCCAGUGAUAAUGCUUCCCAUAGGCCUUGGCCUAUUUGGUGCUAGUUUAGAGUACCAUUACCAUUGGGUGCUUUUGGCACUCGGGUUUCUUCUCCUCACUUUCGGUGCCAUCUCCCUUCUCCCGGUUGCAAUGACGUAUCUCUGUGAAUGUUUCCCGAACCACGUUUCAGAGGUGUCGGCAGGGAUGGGAGUUUGGAGGCUUAUCUUGGGAGUUCUCUCGGCUGUCUUCAUCGCCCCAUGGAACGAUAGAGUUGGUCCGGGAUGGGUGUUCGGCUCUGCUGGGCUGAUUACGCUCCCAGCUUUUGGAGGUGUGUUAGUCCUCAUGGAAUUUGGGAGACAGGUGAGGCAGAUGGGGAUUCGUAGAUUGAGAAGUUGA